GGAGUCGAACAGGUCGUACAAACCAGGUACGCCACACCCAGCAAGUCCAACGGCCUGGGCCAGACGCUGCUGCUCAGAGUCGUCACGGCACUGAACUCUCCGUCAUGAUAUCCAGUAACCACCAGGAAGUAGCAUCCAGCCUAUGCACUGGACUCCAGGCACCGAAAUCCGCGCCAGCUGCAAGAAAGAAACCAUCGAUUUCAUUGCCCUCUCACUCCCUACAGCGAAAUGCACAAUUGUACAUGGCGACCGCAAACACCGGAAGCAAAAUGGACAACACCGGCGGCCUGCAACAGAUACAGCCAUCCCCAAGUCCCGGAAACGCUCCGCGCAGAGGGGGUAUCCCUGACCCUGAUACCUUGAAUUUUCCAUCCCGAGUCCAACACCAACUCCAAAGCUCACCCAGUCCAAACCCAGUCCAGUCCCAUCCGGAACAAUGGGACGGCAUCCAGUGGUGACCCUAGCGAGAAACAGACUAAA